GGCCUGACGUCAAGUGACUGGGAUCUGGGCCUGGGAAGCGUCUUGAAAGAUCACUGUUUUGUCUUUUGACUUGGGAUUUUAGGAUGUUUUCUCCGGUAUAUACACAAACCAGGGCAACAUUAGCCCGGAUAAGAUGUCUCCAAGAGUGUAUUGAAUGCUUCCGUGACGCAAAACGGCUCCCAGAAGCACUGUGUUACGUGCCGAGUGGACUCGAGUUCAAACUUUCCCAGACGUCGACGCGAUUAAAUGUUUACAAAAAUCCAGACAGGCAGACGGAAUGCAUCACCACCUUAACAGCAGAAAAUGAAAAUGAAAACAAGCUGUAUGUUGCUGGAUUGGCCAUGUGCAAUUCUCAAGGACAAUGGCUAAAAUUCGAGAGUCCAGUAGAAGGUUGGGUGCUGCUGUAUGACAGUAAGGCAAGCCAAGACGAUCCUCCGUCACUCCAACCAGUGGAAUCAAACAUAGCUAGUCCAUCAAGUCAACUACUUUUCGGAAAGACUGUCAAACGAAUUGAUGACUGGGAGGAGGUAGUAGAAGUGAGCUAUAGCCUGCGUAUUGGGAAGCUACCCGAGGUGAGACCAUCCCAUAGGGAAGGUGUGGAGGACCUAAGGAGCGUCCCUCCUAACUGGAGCCUUGAAUGUGAUGAGGAGCUAGCAAAGUUCCUCGGGGAACACACGGAUCAUGAGAAUGAGAAGCUGGGGAGUGUGAAGCAGUAUGUGGAGUCUGUGGAUGUAUCAUCAAGCUGGGAUGAUGAGAGUGCAUCGUGCCUGACAGACGGUGAUACUACCACGUACUGGGAGAGCGAUGGCAGGCAGGGUCAACAUUGGAUUCGACUUGGUAUGAGGAGGGGCACCAUUAUCAAGAAGCUGUUCAUCACAGUGAAUGCCCAUGAUGAUAACUACAUGCCUACCCAUGUUGUAGUGAUGGCUGGGGAUAGAGAGCAUCUCGUCAAGCUCAGUGACCAUACCAUCGAACAGACGUAUUCAGGAGACAUCUGUAUUCUAGAGGACAUGACACAGUUCUACUCCACAGUGGAAAUUAGGAUAAAGACGUGCAAGGAUGAUGGUGUAGAUACGAGGAUACAUGGAAUCAAGAUCAAGUCCCUCAAAGAGAGAGAUCUAGGACUCAAUAUAGAUCUGUUUGACAAGAAAGAACUUGUUAGGUAUCCAAGGUUGGAGCAUGUAGAUAAGGAGAAGUUAUACCAGAGGGCACUCAUCUUGCAAAGGUUCAUCAAGUUACUGGACAGUGCGGUUCAUUUCAUCGUACCAGCUUGGGAAUAUUCCGUUGGUUCUUUCCGUUCUCUAGAGGUCGUCCGUCAGUUUUUGCCACUCUCUAAGAAACGAAAUGGUCUCAUACAUCACUUCCUUAGCCAAUCAGAAACAGGGAGACCCUCUCGUAUGCCAAGGCUAUACAUCAACCGCCGCAGUGCUGCUGAUCAUAGGAUAGACCCCUUUAAGGACCCCUCCGGCAAGAAUUCUAUCUUCUCUCAGAUGUAUGAAGGACUGAAACCCAAGGACAAGUUUGAGAAGCCAUUGGAUUUCAGGUGGCCUCAGCAGUAUGAUCAAUGGUGGGAGUGCAAGUUUCUAUCAGAAGGGAUCAUUGACCAAGGAGGAGGAUUCCGUGACAGCCUUGCUGAUUUAGCAGAAGAGCUUUGUCCAACAGGGAAAGAUGAUCCUAUCCCUCUACCAUUCUUUAUUAGAUCACCCAAUCAGAACAAUGAUGAUUCCAACAUCAACCGAGAUGUGUACUUACCAAACCCAUCGUGUCGUCAGUUUGCCAAGUAUGAGUGGAUUGGGAUGUUGAUGGGAGCUUGUCUCAGAAGUAGAGAACAUCUGGUUCUGUCUCUACCAGCAUUUGUAUGGAAGCUGAUGGGUUAUGAACAUGUGACCUGGUCUAGAGACUUCAAGACAGUCGAUGCAGCUUGUGUGAAGAUGAUCGAACUGAUUGAAUCUAUGGACAGAGAAACCUUUGAGGCUUCAUUCGCCGGUGAGCUGACCUACACCACUAGUCUUAGUGACCAGACUAUUGUACCACUCAAGGAUGGCUGCACUGAUACACAUGUACUCUAUGAUGACAGGCAGGAGUACUGCAGGCUGGUGAAGAAGGCUAGAAUGGCUGAAUGCACAGAACAGGUGGAAUCUCUGAGACAAGGCCUUCUGAAGGUCAUUCCACAGGCUGUCCUUGACCUCUUGACCUGGCAGGAGCUUGAGAGGAAGAUCUGCGGUGACCCAAUGAUCACCGUGGAAGACUUGAAGAAGACAACAUUCUACGAAGACAUUGAGGAGUCUGACAUCAGAGUCAAGUACCUCUGGGAAGCACUCACUAAGUUCACUCAUGAGGAUAGAAGUCGUUUUCUGAGGUUUGUAACUGGUAGGAGACGUCUUCCGGCUCCUCUCUACAUCUGCCCAGAUAGAGGAGACAAGGUUGAUGCUCUACCAGAGUCAUCCACAUGUUCCAACACAUUGUUCUUACCAGUAUAUUCAAGUGCAAAGAUCACAGAGGAGAAGCUGAGGUAUGCUGCUUAUAAUUGUGUUGCCAUUGACACUGACAUGAGUCCUUGGGAUGAGUGAGAUGGCAUCGGGUCAACUGGACACAGAAAUGAGUAUAUGGGACCAGAGAAUGAUUUCUCUGCAUAGCACCGAUGGCUAGAUCUAAUUGAAAGGACUACCCAGUUGGUCCAUUAUGGCAAUCUGCCCAGGAUCUUUCUGUUCUUGUAGCUUUGCACAUGCUCAGUACUUGGACGGGUGAAAUUUGUGACCUGUUUAUUUGGGCUGUAACAUGCUUGCAUGAGUGGACGACUGGUGGACUAGUGCUGCAUCUCUCGACGAUCUGCUUCGAAGACAUGAAUAUGUUGUCUCUUGAGAGCUUGAAGGGCGUAAAUUCUGGAUUAAAGGAUAUGAGCCAACAUACUUCUGACUCUCUGCUAAUAAUAUGUAUUUUGCAAGCUGAAGGCAUUAUCAUACAUGAUCACAUCUCAAAUUCAAAAAAAGCAAUCUGUGGAACAAAAUAUAUUUGUGUGAGAUAAAACGUGACUUAUAGUUAAUGAGGAAACUUCUUGCAUUUCACUUUCUCUUUUAAUUGCACACAAGAAACAAAAAUGGAUUUUAGAAGAUUUGACAAUUUUAUAGAUUUAUUUAUUUUCAGAUAUGAUUACUGUUGUCCUUAUUUGAGAAAGUAGGACUUUUUAUGGGAAUAUCUGAUACAUACUCGACAUACAUACUCCUGCAGUAUAUACCAUUUCUUAGUGAUGAGUUUAAUGGCAUAACAAGAAUAUUAGUACACUGUUGAUGGCCUUGUAUGGAUCACUAAGCCUGCAAACAGAUGGAUUUUAUUAUUUUAAUCUUUUUUAGUUCAUGUCUUUAGUAUCUUUCUAGAAGGGUAUGACCCUCUUCAAAUAAUUAUGUCUGUACUGAAAUGCUUGUGUAUUCAAGAAAUCCACAUCUAAGUAUGUAUGUCAUGCUAUGUUAGAGCAAUUGCCUGUGUCUCAAAUAUAUUAUAUUGUUAAGACUAUUAAGUAUAUUAUUGUUAAUUACCCUCUUAGUCUACAUUAUGUUGAAUGUAACAGGAGUAUUGAAAGGAACAAUAAAUAUAAUUAUUCUACACUUUCUCUGUUUCAUAGUCCGUGUCUAAAAUACUGUUUAUCAUUUUGAGGCUAUGAAGAUAGCAUUGGAAAGAUAAUGAUAAAAAACAGUGAGAAAUGUUUGUAAAAGUAUUUGACUUUGCAGGUAUCUUUUGCAUCCUUCUCAUGUGCAAACAAGAAACAAAUAGAGAAAAGAUAUACAUGCUCUCUUUUAAAUUCUGAUAAUCUUUAGCUUGAAACUGGCUCAUAUUUGUUAUUAAAGGUACAUUACUUACAUGCACAAAUCCACGAUAUUUAUGAAAACCGUUGAGCAACUCUUAGAAACGUAAUACCAGCUUUGUUGGUAUUUUCUACUUGUAUAUCCAAGGAUGAAUAUAAAUCACUUUAUUUCCUUUUUAUUGUAAUUCUUGGCAUGGGCUGUAAUACAAUCGGUAAAAAAAACUUCAGAUAGUUAAGAGUCCUUGAGUGAAAGAGUUCCAUAGUAUUUUAAUACCAACUGCAAAAGAAAACUUGUCAUGGUUCUUUUCACAAAUACAAUGUUCAGAUGAGAAUUAUGUGUGUUCAUGUCUCAUUUUCAGAUUACUAUGUAAGGUGCUUAUAUGUAGAGCUGAGGAUUUUUGAAAACAAUCUAAUUGAUUCGUAUUUAUUUUGUUGGCAGAACUUGUCAUUUGUACAUCUUAAAAUGUGUAUUAGUGAUGCUGAUAUAUUGUACAAGAGGUGUAAUAAAACCAUAUACGUGCAAAAUAUA